AUAAAAAAGCUAACAGGUAUGACCACAUAUUAUUAUCAUAUCUUAACUAGGACUAGCUGCAAGCCAUGCUACCCAAUCACUCCAUCUAUCUCUCCUCAUCAUCAUCAUCUUCUUCUUCUUCUAAGCUUAAAUUCUUUUCCCAAGAAAUCCGCCAUGACUGCACCACCACCAAAAGGAAAAGAAAGCCUGCUGGAACUCCAGAUCCUAAUGCGCAAGUCAUAUAUCUGUCCCCUGAGAAGCUAAUGGAAUCGGACCGGUACGUGUGCGAAACGUGCAACAUGAGCUUCCACCGGGAGCAGAAUCUGCAGAUGCACCGGCGGCGGCACAAGGUGCCGUGGCAGCCGCAGAAGGCGGCGGCGUGUUCGCCGCCGCAAGAGGUGGCGCGGAAACGCGUGUACGUGUGCCCGGAGCCGAGCUGCGUGCACCACGACCCGAGCCAUGCGCUGGGGGAUUUGGUCGGGAUAAAGAAACACUUCCGGCGUAAGCACUGUGACCACAAAGAAUGGGUUUGCGAGAAGUGCGGUAAAGCCUACGCCGUCCUCUCCGAUUACAAAGCUCACCUCAAAACCUGCGGCACAAAAGGCCAUUCCUGCGACUGCGGUCGCGUCUUUUCUAGGGUUGAAACUUUUAUUGAGCAUCAAGAUUCAUGCAAGCCGCCAAAGAGUUUCAGAGAAAGAGAAGCUCCAAAGCAAUCAGCCAUCAACUUGAAUUUGAUGAGUUUAGAGCCAAGAAUCUUCCAUCAUCAAUAUGACAAUAAUAAUAUGAUGAUCAUCAAUAAUACUUUCUCUCACCAUCAUCAGAAGCUUGAAGAACUGGAGUUAUUUCCACCUUCAAACUCAUCAUCAAAACCAUUUGCUGCAAGUACCCAAACCCCCAUGGAUGAAGAAGAAGACGAAGAGGAGGCGUCGUUAGAAGCACUGAGACUGAAGUUUGAGGCGGAGGAGAUGAUGAAAGUGGCGAUGGAGAAUAAGGCCAUGGCUGAAGAGAGGAGAAAGGAAGCAAAGUAUUUGUUUGAACUGGCGAAUCAAGAAAUGGCAAAGGCCAGGAGAAUCAGAGAACAAGUCUGGUUGGCUGACCUCACCACCUCUCAUCUCCUUUCAGACCACUGCUCAACAUCAUCAUCAUCAUCAACCCAAAUAAGAUGCAAUUCUUGCAGCAAACAACUUCAAUAAUCUCAACAACCUACCUUAUUCUAUGUUUCUCAUCAGCUACCACUCAAAUUAAAUAUAUAUAAGGUGAAAAUGGGUGCAAGCUAAGAACAGUACGUACGUGUAAUGUUUUUUUUUUUUUUUUUUUGGUUGCAUAUUCUGUGAAUCAAUUAAGGCUGUCUUUUCUUAGACAUAGUCAUGUUGGUAUUCCUGUUCUAGUGAUCUGCAGGCUUCGCUUGCUUUUCUUCCCUACUAUAUACAUGCAGGUACCCUAAUUUAUCGCUUUCUGGAA